UAGCAGGAACCAUACCACACCUGAACAAAGUCAACUUGAUUCAAAAUGGCAGAACAAUCUACUAUCGAUCUGGAGAACCGAGAUCCCAACAAUAUCAACGACCAUUUGAAGGUCCAGUUUGAGGAUGUCUUGGCUGAGCCCGAAGGUGCCCACAGCAUUGACUGUUGCUGGAAGUUUACCAACAAAUGCUUCAACUGCGCCUUCAAAUGCUGCUACAUGCUGAUGACCCUGUGUGGACCUCUGUACGGUCUCUAUUACGGUUGGAGUUACGCCAUGCUUGCCUGUGCUCACAUCUGGCAAUACACACCCCAGAUUAAGGCUUGCGAGAUCAACUGUGUCAUGAUGAGGAAGGUGUACACCAUCUGCCUCAACUGCUGCCUGACGCCAUGUUGCGAGUCCUGUGGUGCCAUCUUCAGCAGGAUACAAGUCAAACAAUAACACAUUGACACCAUCUUGACCUUUCCUGACAUUCUUACACCAAGAAAAAUCAGUGUAAGACUUACCUGGAUGACAUUAGCACACAUAUUGCCUUUUAUGGGAAUACUUGAUACUGUCUACCAUGGAAAUAUUUCGUAAAUAACUACCAAGUGUGCACAAGUUUCUCCACGUGUUACGGCAGGAGAAACAACCAGUAAACUGUCUAACCAACUCUAAACGUGUUAUCUUCUUUCUAACUUUCGUCUCGGAUACUCAGGACCUUCUGUUAUAUUUCGCCUGUGGAAGGUACCAAGGACAUAAUUCUGGUUUCUUUAUUUGUGUACAAAGAACUUGAUCUCAACAUUCUAUAUGGAGGAGAACAAAGUAUUAUGGUGUACAUAUUCACGUUUGCAUUACUGUGAUCAAUAAACCGUCUUUUAUACAAUAUAA